CCGGCCACCACGCCGGCACGACUGCCCGCGCUCUCGCUCUUCUCCCGCACUCUGCCUUUUUUUCUUUUCUUUCGUCCUUCCCAUUGUUGUGUGCUGCCACUGCUACGUCUGCAAUCUGCGGCCGCUCCGCUACACCGUUCAGUUGAGAAAAGACAAAAAUGCCAGCCGCAGCGGCAGCAGCGGCAUCAGCGGCAGCUGCGCCGCCUGAGCCAGCGAUAGCCGACGCACCGAUAAUAAGAGACGAGGAUGACGGCCUUGACGAACCACCUGAACCUAAUCGUCGCGGCUCAUCGAGAAACGGCCUCAUGAAGCCUUUCGUCGUACUCGCGCUACCAGGCAUGUACCUAUUCUACAAGUACAGCCAAUAUAGACGCGAGCAACGUGAAGCGUCGAGGAGACGCGUUACCGAAAGAGAGCUGCAGCAUCUUCAUCACAAAAUCGACAAACUGUUGAACAAGCUCGAGGAGAACGAGCCAGAAAUGGCUUCAUCCCAAGAAGACGAGUGCGUAAUCUGCGUGAAUGCGCGGGCUACGAUGCAGACAGCGCCUUGUGGCCAUCGAGUCGUCUGCAGACGCUGCUUUGUAAAAACCAUUCAGAUGGCCGUGUCGCAACGACUGCUGCCCCUCAGAUGUGUCAUAUGCAGGGCAAAGAUCUUACGACUGAAACAGACUUUAAUCCCACGAGACUACUCGAUGUCGGGCAAGUCGUGGAUGUUGCCACAGAGUGCUUCGGAAUACAACAUGGGCGCGGGUGUACCUGUUGGCAUUGCUGGGCCUGGUGGCAGGUGGACCUCUGGCAAUGUGCCAGCCUCGGCGUCGCUUUAUUCUAUGACUAGUGGAUCCUCCUCUAUAUCCGGCGUGUCUUCCGUAUCGUCGGCAACAUCCUCGUCGACGAAUAGCAGCGGUAGCAGUUCAAGUAGCAGCUCGAGUCUGGGCAAACCAUCAAAAGUGCGGCAGCCAGCUGGCGCGUCUUUUCGGAAAACCCAGACUCAAUCGAUGAAAUUGCGCAUCCAGGAAUACCAAGAUCCGAUACAGCCGGCGCCAGAGGAGGAGGAGGUGUCGAGGGAUAACCGAAGACUGCCGCCGAUCAAGGAGUUUCAGAGGGAUUACAAAAUUGGAAAGGCUUCGACUAGGUUACGAUGCGCACAGAAAAUCGUCACACAACUGGAAAAAUCGCCGCCUCGAGCCCCACAACCAAGCACGUCGAAGCUCUCGGUGAAACCGUCGUCGGCGGCAUCGACGAAUCCCAGCAAAUCGGUAUCCACCUCGGCGACGACGUCGACGUCGAACGGCACGACGACAAAACGCACAGGCACAACUCCGAAGCCAUUGACCGCCGCACAAGAGGUACAGAAGACAAAGAAGGAGAAGGAACGAGCGAAAGAGCUGGAGAAAGCGGAAAAGGCCAGACUGAAGGAGGAGGAGAAAGCGGAGAAAGCGAGACAGAAGGAGGCGAAGAAGCUUGCGAAAGAGGAGAAAAAACGCGCCAAAAAGGAAGCUAAAGCGCGCAAGCGUGAAGCCGAGGAAGCUCUACUCAGGGAUAAGUGAGCAGUCGAGUGAACGGAAAAGUUCGAAAUUUCCCAUAUCAGAAAAAAGAAAAAAAACACGAAAAAAAAAAUAAAACAAAAACAGAUCUGUUUCAUUUGCUUUCGCGUGAGCGCGCUUUCCGUCAAUUCUAUUACACUUUACAACACGUACACAUCGACAGCGGAUAAUCAAAACUAACUGGAUAUAUAAAUAUCGUUUGUCAGUCCCCUGACUCCCUACUAUACGUGUAGAUACUAUGUAAAUAAUUGUAGAUGAACUUUAGAUGAUUCUCGCGGGAAAGCUGCCAAUAAUAAUUAUUUAGCAAAGGGAGUUCUUCCUUUAUUAUUAUUUUUUUCGUUUGAUUAAACACUUUUACGUAAUGGUUUUCACUAUUCAUUGCGCCUGAAAAAUUGUUUUGGAAAAUCACUUUGAGUAAGUCUAUUUGUUGGACGCGAUAUAAUAAUUAUACACAAGCCUGUAGAAUUUGCAAUAUGUUAUUUGCAAACGAAAAUCAAUUCAACAAAGAAUACGUUUUUCCAAAUAAUUGUUUGGCGCAGUGUAGCAGCUUUCUAUUUUCGCGAGUAUCACAUGCAGUCGCUAUGUAAGCCUAAUUUACAAUAUGAAAAUUCUCUUUUACUAUUAAAAGAACAACUAUAAACUAAACUCUAAAUAAUAAGAUUCAUUUCGGAGCUAAUGAAUGAAAAUUAUUAGUCCGAAACUAACAAAAACUCCAACAAAAAACUAACUGUAGAAUAACUAAAAGCAUUUGAAAAGUUACAAUAAAAACAAUUAAGCAACAAAAAAAAUUAACAUGUAACGUUGAAUUUUAAAAGAAAUAAAAACCAGCGCAGUUUUCUUACACUUAUUUAAAAAAAAAGAUGUAUCGACUUAUAUAAGCGUAAACUGUUUUCAGCCUAAAAAGAGAAGAAGCGACGCUUCCUCAUGUGAAUCGGCGACAAAUCAAAAGCAAUUUUUCGGUUUCGACCCACCCGCUCGUAUUGCGCACUUUUUUCUCGUAAUAUACACCGUCGAUUCUCGGAAUAGCGACCCCUCUUGCGGAAUAUUAGUCGUAUUUUAAUGCUCGAUAUAUGCACAUAUCAUCAAUUUACGUAAUGAAAUAAUUAAUCGUAAAUAAUUUGUGUCGUUCUUUCCAUCGCUGAAUUCGUUGUAUAGUCAUGAGAAUAUAGUCAAUUAUAUGAAUUUAUAAAAAAAAAACAACGCGCCCAAAAAUUGGAAAAGGUGCGAUCCAACGAAUGACAAUGAAAGUCAUGUAAAUAGUUAUGUAUAUCGAUUUCGUUAAUGAAGAUAUAUAUGCGCCAGUCGCUAUUCCGUGAGUCGACUCGCAGGAAAACGAUCUGAAUACGAUACGAUUAAACUACUCUAUCUAGCGAUGGAGAAAAAAAAAUGACGCGAUAGUCGCGGGUGGCCAAAACGCGUGAAAAUAACAAAUAAAAAAGUAUCAACGUCGCGCAACGCUGACGUUGGCGAACAUAUGAAAUACGAAAACGACGCGCACAGGUACACAGACAAAAAGAAUUACGUAUACAUAUAUAAAUAUACCCGAACACACGAUGUUGGCAAUAAUUUUAAAACUCGAAGGAAUGAGUGUGAGUUUGCAUGGUAAUUAAAACGCGAUGACUUAAAACAGAAUCUCACGUAUGUGCAGCCACUCGAAGCACUCGCGUCGAUUCGACCAUUAUCGCAGUCGCCAGUACUUCAAUUGAAAUGCAUUUAAAUACAAACCCCGAAGAAACCUCAUCGCGUUUGUAUAAUUCGUAUAAUGUUGACGAAUAAAAAAAAGGUGUAAAGGGUUCGUAGGAGUUAUUUACAAUUAAUAGACUAAUUAUUAAAAAGACAUUAGCGAGCUGAGUAAAAAGGCACACAGAUAUACAUUAAUAUAUAUUACCCGGAGGGCUAAUUUUUAAAAAAUCAAUUAGCUAACGAUUGGGUCGCCGCGAAUCCUGGCGCUAAUUAAUCGUUACCUUAAUAAUUGUCCUAUCCGCAGGCGAUCCGACCUAGUUUGUUAAAUUUCUUCGUAAGGAUUCAACACACACACACACACACACACACACACACACACACACACCCAUAUAUUAUCGUUCACGCCACAGCGGCAUACGUAUCGACACGCAAGAUCAAUAAAAAAUAACAGGAAGAACUUUUCGUUGUCUUUUAUGCAGGUUCGAGAGGUAAUGGUUGAAAUAAAAAAAAAAUAUAUAUAUAUAUAUACAUUACGACACACGUGUUUCGAUGUUCGACUACGAUGUUGUGAUAAAUAACGUUGGAUAUUUCGUUUGUGUUGCAAAUUGUUGUGCGAAGUUUCACGCGGAUAUUUUGUAUAUCGUAUGUUGUCUGGAUAUACGUGAUGCGUUUGGUACGAAGAUACGUAAUGUCUUCUACGCGAUCGUGUAGAUGAACAUUUUGAAGAGAAGAAGAGAAGUCUUUUUAAAGGGAAUUUCGUGUAUACGAUCGCGUAUAUAUUUUAUAAUGAUCCUCAGUAUUAUUUAUUGUUUUGCGUUUAGAAAUAAUCGGUCACACGAAGCAGAAUAAUUGUAUGUACAAAUUUGAUUAUUAGUUUAGACUUUUUAUAGCUGACUUUUGUACGUUUUUAUUUGAAAACAAAAAUGAUGAAAAAAUAUUAUACAAAUCGUUAUGUGUUUCGUAGAUCUUAGGAUUUCUGUCCAAGAGACACGUUCGCGAGGCAAGUAACGUAAACAAAUCUACGAUUCAUACUUGUAGUACUACCCGAUUGUUUUCGUAGCUUCAUACACACGCAUCUAUACAGAAUUGACACACAAGCUGUAUUACCGUGAAGUCAUUGCCUAUAUUGUCAUUUAGUUUGUAGACCAUGAGACGUAGCUUAGUCGAGACAAAGGUUAGUGACAAUUUCACUGAUCAUCUUAUUACAAGGGAAGAAAAAUACUGUGCCAAUUAAUAGAUAGUUUUAGAAUAAAGAAAAACUUUUUUAUUAUGAUCCCCUCGAAGACAGAAAAACAAUAAUGAACCGGCACGAAAAUGCGAUGCACUGAGAAAUAAGAGCGAAAAAUUUAAAAGACGUUGGUGAUACAUGUAGCAAUCUUAAAAUCAAUCAAGUUCAUUCGCCGAAGCAAGAUUUUUAUAGUUUUUACAUUACUCCUGGUUUCUUUGCAGCAGGUACAUAUUUUCGACACUGCGCUUUUUCACUUCGCUCGCGUCGCUCGAGCGAAGAACGGCGAGUUGCCCCCUCCCCCUCCACAGUACGACGUAAUCAGCCGUGAAAAAGAUGAAAGAACAAAAGCAUACACACGUGUAUAAUAAAUCACGUUACACGAGAGCUAAAAGAAAAAAACGAAAAUUCGUAGUGCGAUAACUAUUUAGCGGGAAAAGACCGUAGGAACAAUGACGAGUAGCUUUGUUCAUUUUCUACGCAAGCUUCUAUUAGACAAUUAUAUAUACAGGCAAAACUUUCAGAGAAGAAGAAAAUGAAGAAUGUCAAAAGGUAAUGCAAUUAUUUUGCGUUAGACGCUCAUACGUUGUAGUUUUUUCUUUUGUCUCGAUUGUGUAUUGCAACAGUGCGUGAUAUAGACCUAGAAUAUCGAAAAAUGGCAUUAAAAUCGAGCUAAUUUACCAUUUUCCAGUAGUUUUGUUUCAAUAAACUCAUUAAGCAAAACAGAAAACUUAAGUGGCGCAGCGUAUACGGGAAUUUUGAGUAUAUGAAUAUUUAUGUAUGAACUUGAAGCGGUGUGCUCGAUCUGUAGAACCAGCGGUGGCUAUGAAAAAUAAAACAAACAAACAAAUCAAAUAAAACGUUAUCAUAAAUGUUAGAUAAUCAUUUGUUUCUCUAUUUUAAUUACACCCCUUGUAUGUUCCUCUUGAAACCGUAUUUUUUUAAGAAUGUUUUUACUUGGUACAGUGAUCUUUUGUUGUAAUAACCAAAAAUAUGGGACACCAUUAAGAAUAAAGAGCAAUUUGUUAAAAUUU